AUGCGGGAGGACGAGCUGCUGUGUGACGCAUGGUUGUCCAAUAGCCUCGAUCCUGUCCAUGGCACGGAGCAAAAGGGCACAACCUUUUGGAGGAACAUUCACAUAUGGUUCCAUGAGCACAAGCAUUUCACGCUCUACUCCAACGCGUUGAUCCGGAACCGUGAGUGGAAGCCCCUCAACCAUCGGUGGUACACCAUCCAAGAGGUCAUCUCCAAGUAUUGCAGGCACUUUAAGCAUCUCACCGCACGGUGGCCUAGUGGUGCACAAAUCACCGAGCAACCUACUCGUGCUUGUGUGGUGUACAAGAAGUUGAAGAAGAAGUCCUUCACCGUCAUGCAUUGUUGGUUGAAGUUGAAUGGGCAGCCGAAGUGGAACCUUUUCAUUGCCAAGGCCGCCGCCCAGGCCAACAAGGAAGAAAUCGGUGACCCUACCGACCCAGCCCAAGAACCACCGAAGAAGAUAAGAAGAAAUCUGCGGGGCAAGAAGUGGCAGGAGGAGAGAGCGAAGCGAGAAGGUGCGGCGGCCAAGCUGACAGAGAGGUUCGAGGAGAUCUUGGCGAAGAAGGAAGAGGCAUGCGUGAGGCGCUCGGACAUCAAGGAGGAGCGGAAGGCGGAGAAGUUCAAGCAGUUGAUGGAUGCGAUAGAGAAGAAGAUCAAGCUCGAAAAGAGGAGGACCAUGAUCGAGGAGAGGAAGGCGGCGCUCGAGGAGAAGAAGGUCGCCCUCGAGGAAAAGAGGGUGAAGAUCGCCGCCAAUGCGGAGGACACCAAGAUGUUGACCUUGAAUAUCAACUCUUCGGAUGCCGAUGCAAGAAUUAUCGGGCAAUCCAUCCGCUACCAGACGCUGGAGCGGCAGAAAGAUCAGCUGGCGGUGGCGCAAGAUGAGGACGUGGCGUAG